UUCAAUUGGCAAACUUGUAUUAUAAAAUUGGGGGCGCUGUAGUAUAUUGCACAGUUGUAUUCAGGGUCUUAAUUAUUUUUUUACGUUGAAUUUUUAUAAGAAAUUUCAUUAUACAGUAAAAUGCAUGGACGAGGAGCUCUUUUAGUUUUCGAAGGAUGUGACAAAGUAGGAAAGUCGACACAAGUGAAAUUAUUGGUUGAGGCGUUAAAUAAUCUUGGCAUUAUUGCCGAAGCUAAAUCCUUUCCGAAUAGAACAACUAAGAUUGGCGAGUUAUUAAACAAAUUUUUAUCAAAAGAAAUUGAAUUAUCAUCAGAAGCAGCACAUCUGUUAUUUUCAGCUAAUAGAUGGGAAUGUAAAGAAGAUAUUAUAAAAGCUCUUCAAACUGGUACCACAUUGAUUAUUGAUAGAUAUGCGGCUUCUGGUGCAGCAUAUACGUCAGCUGCUACUGGUAAAAGCUUGACUUGGUGUCAAGAAGUAGAUCGUGGCCUUCCUUCUCCAGACUUGGUAUUUUUUCUAAAAGUUUCAGAAUUAAUGCAAAAUUCACAUAUGUGGGAUGGAGAAAGAUAUGACAAUGUUACAUUUCAACAAAAAGUAUCUUCUAACUAUGAUAAACUUAAUGAUGGUACUUGGAAAGUUAUAAAUGGACGACAAGACUUAAAUGUAAUACAUCAAGAAUUGUUAAAAAGUACAUUAGAUAUUAUUCAACAGGUCAAAAAUCGUCCUAUAGGCUUGCUAUAUGAAUCCUGAUUAAUAAAGCAAUGUGUUCAUUAUAA